AAUUCUUAAAAGAAAUAUCUCUCAUAUUUCUAUUAAAGGCUAGCAAAAGGAUAAAACAACAAGGAUAAUACAAAGAGAGAAAAUAUGGCGUCGACAGAAGUGGUUAUUGUAACUCCUCUUUCGCCCACAAAGAAGAACAGAAUUCAAGUGUCAAAUACCAAAAAACCUUUGUUCUUUUAUGUUAACCUUGCAAAGAGAUACAUACAACAACAUAAUGAGGUCGAGCUUUCUGCAUUGGGCAUGGCAAUUACAACGGUUGUCACCAUUGCUGAAAUUCUAAAGAAUAAUGGUUUUGCUUGUCAAAAGAAGGUAUGUACAUCCACUAUUGGCAUGAAAGAUGAAAACAAAGGUCGGAUGGUUCAAAAAGCCAAGAUCGAAAUAGUGUUAGAGAAAACUGAAAAAUUCGAUUCUUUGAUGUCUCCAAGAAGUAAAAACAAAGAUGACGACAAUAAAAACGUAGACAACGACAACAAUAAUACUAACACGGCUCGUGACACUUCAAAGGAGAAAUAGUCUAUGAGCAUGCAUUUCAAGUGCUAUUUCAACCAUUGCUCUCGUUUCUAGCAAUUUGUAGCUGACCAUUAUUUCUUACUAAAGGUAUAGAGAGAAGACCUCCAUAUAUUAGGGUAAUAUAUGCACAUUAAUGACAUCAGUCAAUGUGACAUUACUAUGAGAAAUGUCACUAAUGGUUGUUGGUUGCUUCUUUAGUGAACCUUAUAUGUAUUCAUUUAUAAUUAUUUAUUAUUUAUUAUUUAUUUUGCCUUUCACUUCUAUUUUUGGAAUUGUACAAGUCACCGUUGAUGACU